AUGUCAGACACCGAAUUCCCCUACAGCCUAACAAUCUCCCUCCCCCUCCCAACGACACGCCUUGCCUCGUCGGCUCUACGCACCCUCGAAGUCGACACUGAGCUCUCGCCCUUCGUGCGCCGCGACCUGGCCAUCACUUCUCCUUCGCCGAAGUCUGAAUCCGAACUGGAUCCCGAGGCCCCCGCGGUCCUGGAGACGACGUAUCGCGCGACUACAAAUCGGAUGCUGCGGGUGGCGGUGAACGGGUUCAUGGAGAGCCUGGGCGUCAUAUUGGGUGUGAUGGAGGAGUUGGAUGUGGAUGUUCUGGAAGCUGAGGAGGACGAGGAAAAGAAAUGA